UUCUCCAUUGGCGAGAUAAUCCAUCCACCUCACAGGUGUGGCAUAUCAAGAUGCUGAUCAGACAGCAUGGGUAUUGCACAGGUGUGCCUUAGGCUGACCACAAUAAAAGGCCACUCGAGUGCUUCCUCUACCUGAAAUUAUUGUUUAUCUGGUCAUAAUCUGUUUGCUUGUGUUCAGUAUUUUGGUAUCUUCUAUAUUUCUGAUCUGUCCCAUGUUUAGUGUAGUCUUAUUUCCUGGUUCGUGCUGUCUCUGUUCCCUGCCCUGUUCUGUUAGUCCAUGCUAGUCCCUGGUGUUAAAUGUUUGCUGUUUCUGUUCAGUCUCUGUCCGGUCAUUGUCGUGGGGUGAGUGUUCUGCCUGUGCCUGUGCCUGUGCUGCCUGAUCCGCUGUUUGGACAUUUUACACCCGAAGUGCAUGUAAGCCUGAGUUUUUGUGGUUUUGGAUUAAAACCUGUGCUCCUUCAGUCAACUUUCCAGUGUCUUGCGUUUGGGCUCUCUCCUGUUUGCACUUCAUCUAAUUUGUGAUAUAAUUAUCCAACUGGGGCAUGAGCCUUAUUGCAAAGGCAAUCUCUGCUUAUCAUAAAGGUUAUAUGAUACAGGUAUAUGGCUACAGGAAUGUGGUUUGAUGAUGAUGUAAGUUUUUAAGACACUCAUUUCAUGUUUUGCAUACUGCACGUGUAACAAACUAGUCAUACAAGGUCAAGUUGUCUCCUUUUGUCUUUGUGGAGAGCUUUGGAUUUUUGAUGAUGUAAAGAUUUUGGUAUAAAGUGGAAUCCAGGAAAUGUCAAAUGUGUCAUUGUCAAAUAGUAAUGUCGUCUUUGAACUUCUUAACUACAUGGAUAAUGUCACUUUUGUCACAUUUAUAGAAAAUGUUGUAAGUAUUGUCAAUGCAAAAGUAAGAAUUUCCACUUGCUGAUCAAUAAUUGUUAAGUUUAGAAUUUUUUGAAAAUGAUUUAUUUGGCUGUCAACAUAAUUAAUGUUGUCUUAAGUAUUGUUUAAUAAAACAUUCUGCUAACACUUGUGCAGUGUAUGUUAGUCAAAACCACAGCUCUGAUGAGUUUUGACACUUAUUCAACAUUCCCUCUUUGUGAGCCUCUGAGCUGCUGCAUGGUGGAGUGUUUCUGCUAAGCUAAUCAUUAAGGAUAAUAAAAAGGAAGGUUAUAUCACCCACAGUCACUUAAAGCCAACCUUUCCAUGGAGUUUGGGCUUAGACGAGCACCAGUGGUGACACAGGGAGCAGACAUGGAGCAGCAGCUCAACAGACCAACAUGGAGCAGGCAGAUAGAGUUCACCCUGGCUGGCAUCGGCUGUGCUGUGGGUCUGGGCAACGUUUGGAGGUUCCCUUAUCUGUGCUACAGGAGUGGAGGAGGUGCCUUUUUAUUGCCAUACCUGUUUAUGCUGGUGGUGUUGGGGAUCCCUCUGCUCUACAUGGAACUGACUGUGGGUCAGUACACGAGGAGGGGGCCAGUCCAUGCACUGGCUACUGUAUGCCCACUGUUGAAAGGAGUGGGCAUGGCAUCAGUAGCCAUCUCCUUCAUCAUGUGCACCUACUACAAUGUCGUCAUCACCUGGGCCCUGUAUUAUCUCUUCAACUCCUUCCACGCCCCGCUUCCCUGGCAGAACUGCAACAACACCUGGAACACCCUAAACUGUACCAAUCACGCCACCAACAGCAGCUACUCCUCCACAGCUAGCCAGGAGUUCUUCAAGUAUAAGAUGCUGGAGCAGACAAGUGGAGUAGAGAAAGCAGGAGUGUUGCGAUGGGAGCUUUUCCUUAUUCUCAUUCUGGCUUGGAUCCUCAUUUACCUUUGCAUCUUUAAGGGGGUGAAAUCAACAGGCAAGGUGGUGUACUUUACAGCUCUCUUCCCAUAUAUUAUCCUGCUUGCCCUGCUGAUCAAUAAUGCGCAGCUUCCUGGAGCAUUAGACGGAAUAACCUUCUUCAUUGUGCCAGAAUGGGACAAGCUUCUCUCAGUAGAGGUGUGGGUGAAUGCUGCAGCUCAGAUCUUUAACUCCAUUGGGAUUGGUUUUGGUUCCCUCUUGGCCAUGUCCAGCUACAACGCCUUCAACAACAACGUUCUCAAAGACACCCUGACUAUAGCCAUCAUCAACUCACUCACCAGUAUCCUGGCAGGUUUUGUUAUUUUCUCUGCCUUUGGAUACAUGUCUUAUCUACAGGGUAUUCCUGUCAGCGAUCUGGCUGUGGAUGGUCCAGGACUGGUUUUUGUUGUUUACCCACAAGCCUUUGCCAACAUGCCAGUGGCUCAGCUCUGGGCUGUGAUGUUCUUCUUCAUGCUGCUUUGCCUCGGGCUGGACAGUGAGUUUGCAAUGGUUGAAGUGCUGGUGACCAGUCUCAUGGAUGAAUUCUAUCAAAAGCUGAUCAAGUUUUUCAGACGGAAGGAAUUGUUUGUUCUUGCGGUUUGUGGCACAGCGUUCCUUCUAGGAAUUCCUUGUGUCAUGCAGGUGGGAAUCUACGUUUUCCAGCUGAUGGACCAUUACACUGCCUUAGUGUCCAUCAUGUUUCUUGCAUUCUUCGAGGUUGUAGCCAUCUGUUGGUGUUAUGGAGUGACUCGCCUUGCAGACAACCUAGAAGAGAUGACUGGAAAAAGAGCAAACAUCUUCUUCAAACUGUGUUGGCUAAUAGUUGCUCCUGUGCUGAUCACUGUUAUCCUGAUUUUCUCCAUCAUCCAGUUCAAACCAGCCCGCUAUGAGGACUAUGUCUUCCCUCCCUGGGCUCAGGGGGUCGGCUGGGUCAUUGCCAUGGCCUCAAUCAUCUGGAUUCCUUUGGGUGCCGUCCACACACUGUGGGUGCUCCCUGGCACAUUCAUGCAGAAACUGAGGCUGUCCAUCACACCAUACGCCUUGAAUGAAAUAUCUAAAAUGCCGUAUUAUGAGAGGGGAGGAAGAGACGGUGGUCCAACCCUUGCUGUCAUCUGCUCCAACAUCCAUCCACCUGAAAAACCUCAUAUUCAGACAAACCUCUGAUACCUCUGUGCUUUGCACAAUCAUAAUGUUCAUCUAGCCACCAAGAGUGGCAGAUUUUUAAUAAGCUCAAGUUAAUCACAAAGUAUUGUUUGCACUUAGUUUUAAAUAUUAAACAAACAUCUGGUAAGAAAAUCAAACUCUAGUAUACAAGAAUUAUUUACAUGAUUGUGAAAAUGUGUUGCUGCAUAUCUGCCGUGCAGAUAUUAAAAUGGCCAUUUUUGUAAGCCUAUGAAUUUCAUUUGAGAUAUUGUUGAACAUCUGCCAACAGUUUUCAUUAUUUUUAAUGUGAUAAAAUGUUGUGGAAAUAUUAAGAAUGUGUUAUUGCUGUGUACAUUUUUAAUAUCUGGCCAACCUUUACUCUGUAGUGACAAAAAGACAAAGGAUCAGUGCUCAGGAUCAGGCUUUUGCUUUGCCGAGGGUGCCAUCUCUUGGCCAUGUCUGUUGAUACAAUUAUGACUUUUGAAUCUGAGAUAUGACAAUGUAAUGCCACGAUAACAGUCACAGUUCAUACAGCUGAGCUUUUGUAUCAAACCACUUCCCUUUAAAACAUAAGCCACUGUGUACUAGUCAUUGUGGCUGACUCAUUUAUUAGGUCAAAUGCAACAGGGCACUGCUGAUAAAAAAUUAUAUACACACACACACACACACACACGUGAUUGGCAGGGGAGUACAUAGGUCACGCAACUCUAUCAUGUUAUGUAAGGUGUAAUAAAAACCUGUCGAAGUCCA